CGUCUAUUUGUGGAAAAAUAUAAUUCUUAAAAAAUUGUUUGACUAUUAACGACAACCGGCAAUCAAUUUCAAUUACUUCAGCAUGGCUCAGGCGUCCUCAUCCAGUGGAGCCGUUAAACGGCCUUGCUCUAAUUUGAAACUGGUCUACAAUCGCCCGAAACCGGAUGUUCUGAAUAGUAUAUUAAAAUCGCGUGCCAAUCCGCGCUAUCGAUCACGUCGUCUCUGGUAUGAGCUCAAUAUGCCCGAGUGUACAUCUGCAAUAUUUGAUGGCAGAAUGAUUUCCACAUCACUGCCGGACAGUUUGUUAUGUCAUACGCGUGAGAUGCGUUCGAAGAAUAAACAGAAAGUGAGGAAAAAAGAAAGAGGACGUACAUAUAUGGAGAUGCGUUUGGAACGAGAAAACUUCCGAAAGAAAUUAGUAGAGCUCAUUGCUUGUGAAGAUGAAGAUGUCCCAAUGACGGAGGAUACUGAUGAUGAUAAGUUUCCCAACAAAGAGGAGAAACAAAUGCUGCGUUACUACUAUUAUAUCAAGCAUGGCAUCCACACAUAUCAUGUUGCGCCUAUGGGCAAGCGUUUACUCAACAGAAUAACAACACUCAUAAGACCAGCGUUGAAUAAGUGGGAUACCGAACGCAAUGAAACUAUAAGUGAAAUCAAAUCGGAUUUCACAUUCGCCAUGAAAAAGGCAGUUAUUGAUUUUGUACUGAAUAAUUCUUUACCGAGUUUACGUAAGGGCAAAGAAAAAGUUAUAACGCCGGAGCGGAAGGAGAUCAAAAUAAUGAUGAAUCGUUGGCGGUAUCGUUAUGACGAUAAUCGUUGUCGCAUCAAAAAGACUCUCUUUUGCAUUCAUCGAAGCGUUGCCAGCAUACUCGACUUGUGGAGUACCAAAUAUAAGGAAAUGUUUUUUGUUGAUGUCAAAGAGCUUGCGCUCGCAAAGGAUCCCUAUGAACUUUAUGAAUUCACGUAUGUGUGUGGUCGUCAAAUCGAUACCGCUAAGUCAAAGCUGGAGGAUGAUUGGUAUGGUGAAAUACAUCAAAUCCUGUUGCGUGCCAGUAGGCGUGGUCUGUUGCCUGAUGUUAGACGCAUGAAAUUGUUGCAACGAUUCUACAAUUGCGUUGCUGCCUUAAUGACCCAACAAUUGGAGGAUAUAUGCAUACGAAGCUUGAAAUCGUAUGCGAAUUUCAUUUGUGAUUAUGGGAAAAGCAACCCCGGACUCAAGAUCAGCCUUAUACUCGAGGACGAAGAUAAUAUUACAUUUAACCCGAAUUUCCCCAAGGUUCAACACGAACUCUUACGCAUUAUCGAGUCCAUUGUUAUGUCAGUCGAUCAAAUGCCGCGCAUAGAGAAUAAACUCUACACGGAAUUGAAAAUCUCUAAUCAAUACCACUUGAAGCCCACAAUACCAGAGUCGAUAAUUGUUGAUGCACGAAACCGCAUAUGCGUCAUGUUGGAAGAGCAACGUAUAGGGCCUGAGCUACGUUUACAAGAUUUCGAUUUAUAUAUCGAUUUAAUGAAUGGCGUAGAUGCAGAACGAGUCUCGCAAUUUAUAGCAUCCGAACCAACUUUCGAGCAAUAUUGUGACAUGGUAUUGCAAUAUCGUCGCAAAGAGGAGCAGAUCAUACAGGAUAUUUGGGGUGAAUUACGUAUGGGUCUGUAUGAGUUCCAUCGUGAGAAAUUUAUAACGAACCUAGAGCAGUUGGCGCGCUAUAUGCAAACGGAUUUGCUCGAAAAAAUGGUGGCUGAUCAACAGGCGCAAAUCUCGAAAUUGGGUAAAGAGUAUGAGGGUAUAGCAAAGAAGGCCAUGACUGUGCCGCAAACCACGGCCGAGCUGAUGGCGCUCAAAGAGUUUGUAAUUAACGCAGAAGAAACACUCAUACCAGAAAUGGAACAACGUCUGAAAGUGAAUAUGAGUCACAUCUUGUGGCUGAUGGACAAUAUCAUUUACUCACCGUUGGAUAUAAAAAACAACAGCAACACCUUUCAAUGGUAUCUCAAGAUGCCUUCGGUUUUCGAAGAGCAUCGCUUGAUAAUUGCCGACAAAACCAUAGAAUAUCAAGAGCGUCUCAAGAAGCGUAUUGAAGCGUUCCGACGAGAGUUACAAAAUUACUAUGAACAGGUGCAGGAUUAUGAGAAUUGGGGCGAUAUUAAGCAUUUGGCGCGUUAUAAGCGGCGUGCGACUGUUCUGGAUAAUCGCUUAGUCAACGCUAUGGACACAAUCGAUCGUAUCAAUGAAGAGGAGACUGCUUACGGCUGGGAUCUCACACAGUAUCCUAUACGCAAGAAGACACACGAUCAAUUGAAACCCUUCAAAACUCUAUUCGAUACCGGUCAAGAGUUUAUGGAGAAACAUGACGCUUGGAUGCAUUCACAAGUUGGUACAUACGAUCCCGAUGAAAUCGAAACGGAUUUGGCAAAUAUUUAUCGCGUGAUACAAAAGUUGGAAAAACAAAUGAGUGACAGACCAGCUACGGCGCAGCUGAUAAAAGAUGUCCGCGAACAAAUCGAGGAGCUACGCACGCACAUGCCGAUCAUCAGCACACUCGGCAAUCCCGGCAUGAAGGCACGCCACUGGGAGCAAGUAUCAGAGAUAAUUGGUUUCCCUAUUAAAGUAUCGCCUGAGCUCACAUUGGAGAAGAUAAUCGAGUAUGGCUUGGAGGAGUAUGUACCUAAAUUCGAGGCGAUUUCAGAAAGUGCAACCAAAGAAAAUAAUUUGGAACGUGCAAUGGCUAAAAUGGUUGCGGAAUGGCAGGAUAUGGCUUUCACGGUAUCACCAUACAGAGAUUCCGGCACUUACAAACUGUCGGCAGUGGAUGAUAUACAGAUACUGUUGGACGAUCAGAUAAUUAAAACACAAACUAUGAAGAGUUCGCCCUACAUAAAGCCAUUUGAGGAGGACAUAUUAAAAUGGGAAGCCAAACUGAUGCUGCUGCAGGAUAUUUUGGAUGAGUGGCUGCGUGUGCAGGCAACAUGGAUGUAUUUGGAGCCGAUUUUCUCCAGUCCCGAUAUUCAACAACAAAUGCCGGAAGAGGGGCGUAGAUUCGCUGCAGUAGACAAGAUUUGGAAAGAACUCAUGAAGCAAGUGAAUUCAGAUCCACGUGUAAUGGUUGUGGUCGAGAUCGAUAAGAUGAAUGAGAAACUUAAGAAAGCAUACUCACUUUUGGAGAUUAUACAGAAAGGUCUUAAUGCAUACUUGGAGAAGAAGCGUCUCUACUUCCCGCGUUUCUUCUUCCUAUCCAACGAUGAGCUACUGGAAAUACUCUCCGAAACUAAGGAUCCAACACGCGUACAACCACAUUUAAAGAAAUGUUUCGAAGGUAUUGCCACUUUGAACUUUACGGAGGAGCUAGAAGUGACUGCAAUGCGUUCCUCGGAGCGCGAAGAAGUUGCACUUGUUGAUGUUAUCUCCACAGCGAAGGCACGUGGUCAGGUGGAAAAGUGGUUGUUGGAAUUGGAAAUUGACAUGAAGAAGAGCGUACAUUUGAAAAUUAGUGAAUCAUUCUUUAGCUAUCGACAGAUGGUGCGCGAGACAUGGGUGCUCUCGUGGCCCGGUCAGUGUGUGCAGUCAAUCUCACUUACUUACUGGACACUUGAGAUUACCGAGUGCUUCUUAUCCGAUGCGCCUGUACCAAAUUUGCGCAAGUACUUGACGCUUUGUAAAUCACAGAUUGCUAAAAUUGUGGAUCUCGUACGUGGUCAUUUAAAUGCUCAAAAUCGCAUAACUCUGGGUGCUUUGGUGGUCUUGGAUGUGCAUGCGCGUGAUGUGCUCGCGGAGAUAGUUGAAAAUGAAGUCUCAGAUGCUAAUGACUUCCAAUGGCUAUCACAACUUCGUUACUACUGGGAAGAUAAUAAUCUGGAUACGCGUAUGAUUAACAGUUCUCUGAAGUAUGGCUACGAAUAUUUGGGCAACACCACACGCCUGGUAGUUACACCGCUCACAGAUCGCUGUUAUCGUACACUUUUUAGUGCGUUGAAUUUGCACUUGGGUGGUGCACCCGAAGGGCCUGCUGGUACCGGUAAAACAGAGACCACCAAAGAUUUGGCCAAAGCUGUGGCCAAACAAUGUGUGGUCUUCAAUUGUUCUGAUGGCUUGGAUUACAUUGCUUUGGGCAAGUUCUUCAAGGGCUUGGCUUCGUGUGGUGCUUGGUCCUGCUUUGAUGAAUUCAAUCGUAUUGAUUUGGAAGUGCUGUCUGUGGUGGCCCAACAGAUCCUUACCAUACAACGUGGUAUUAAUUCGGGUAGUCCUACUUUGGUGUUUGAGGGCACCACCUUGACAUUGGAUCCUACGUGUGCGGUAUUCAUUACCAUGAAUCCCGGUUAUGCAGGGCGUUCUGAAUUGCCUGAUAAUUUAAAGGCUCUUUUCCGUUCCGUCGCCAUGAUGGUGCCCGAUUAUGCGCUUAUCUCCGAGAUUGAGUUGUACUCAUAUGGUUUCCUUACCGCCAAACCCUUAAGUGUGAAAAUCGUCGCCACUUAUCGCUUAUGUUCGGAGCAGUUGAGUACACAGUGUCAUUACGAUUACGGUAUGCGCGCAGUUAAAUCGGUCUUGAAAGCAGCUGGUGCACUCAAACUACGCUAUCGUGAUGAAAAUGAAGACAUUCUCGUGUUGCGUUCCAUUAAGGAUGUGAAUUUACCCAAAUUCCUCAAUCAAGACGUGCCCUUGUUUCAAGGCAUCACGUCGGAUUUGUUUCCUGGCACGGUUUUACCUGAAGCGGAUUAUGUUGUUUUUAAUGAAUGCACGCGAGAGGCUUGUGAAAAGAAUAAUAAACAGUGUACGGACUUUUUCUUGGAGAAGGUUCAACAGCUUUACGAAAUGAUUUGCGUACGUCACGGUCUAAUGAUUGUCGGUUUGCCUUUCGGGGGCAAGACCACAACUUAUCGUAUACUAGCCGAAGCUUUGGAGGGCAUGGAGAAAAAAGAUGGCAGCGAGAAUCGUGCAAUUUACUGCGUGAUGAAUCCCAAAGCCAUCACUAUGGGCCAGCUGUAUGGACAAUUCGAUGCGGUGUCGCACGAGUGGAGCGAUGGCGUACUUGCUGUUAAUUACCGUCAAUUCGCCAUUUCUGAAACGCCCGAUCGCAAAUGGUUGAUCUUUGAUGGCCCGGUUGAUGCAAUCUGGAUUGAAAAUAUGAACACCGUGCUGGAUGAUAACAAAAAGCUCUGUCUCAUGUCUGGUGAAAUUAUACAGCUUUCGCCGACAACAAAUUUAAUAUUCGAACCAAUGGAUUUAGAGGUCGCUUCACCAGCUACAGUGUCGCGCUGCGGCAUGAUUUAUAUGGAACCUAGCUCUUUGGGUUGGGAGCCUUUAGUCACAUCGUGGAAGAAUAGCUUGCCGCCUUCCUUCCACGUCGUGAGUAAACAGCUUAUCACCUCGCUUAUAGCACGCUUUUGUCCGCUUUUGCUGCACAUUGUACGAAAGGGUGGCUUAUACGAGAUAGCGCCUACUUCGGAUACCAAUCUCAUUGUAUCGAUGAUGAAUAUCUUUGAAUGUUUCAUAGACGACUUUAAAGACGAAAAAUAUGUGACCAAUCUAUCUGAUUUAGAUUUUCGUGCACAGAUUGAGGGCGUAUUUGUAUUCUCCUGUAUUUGGGCUCUUGGUGGUGCUUUGGACUCACGUAGUCGUGAGAAGUUCAACAUUGUUUUCCGUGCGCUGAUGGAAAAGAAUUUUCCUGAGAAUUUGUAUCAAGAUUUUGGUGUGCCGGAGGAGCUCUAUGUAUCCGUAUUGACUAAACCCUUCAUUUUUCCAAUACCGAAAGCUGGCUCGGUGUUCGAUUAUCGUUUUAUUAAAGAGGGCAAGGGCAAGUGGAAGCCUUGGCAGGAUGAUGUUACCAGUGCAGCACCUAUACCGCGCGACAUACCAGUGAAUCAAAUACUCAUUGUAACCAAUGAGAGUGUGCGUGUUACGGCGGUGUUGGAUCUUUUAGUGCGGCACGGCAAUCCCAUAAUGCUGGUGGGACCCACCGGCACAGGCAAAAGUUGUUAUGCUUUGGAUUAUAUGCUGAAGAAGAUGGAUGUCAAUACAUACAAACCACUAUUGAUCAGUUUCUCGGCACAAACCUCGGCAAAUCAGACACAGGAUAUUAUCAUGUCGAAGCUGGAUAAACGACGUAAAGGGGUUUUCGGACCGCCACUAAAUAAAAAGUUCCUCAUAUUCGUCGACGAUGUAUCAAUGCCGCUAAAGGAAACCUAUGGCGCACAACCACCAAUAGAGCUGCUGCGCAUGAUGCUGGAUCACUGGAUGUGGUACGAUCGCAAGAAUAUAGUGCCUAUGAAGUUAAUCGAUCUGCAGAUGAUAACAGCAAUGGGACCACCAUCCACGGGCAAUACCGUUACACCACGUUUCCAGCGACAUUUCAAUGUGCUCGCCAUAGAUGAGUUCAAUAAUGAUAUUUUAAAUACGAUCUUCAGCAAGAUCGUGCUUUGGCAUUUGGAUACACGUGGAUUCUCAAAAGAAUUUGAUCCUUGUAUCGAAGAAAUUGUUUCGGCUACGUUGAACAUUUACAAUGAAGCGAAGAAGAAUUUACUACCCACACCAGCCAAGUCACAUUAUCUCUUCAACUUGCGUGACUUCUCGCGUGUUAUACAAGGUGUACUGUUGUCAGUGCCUGAAGCAACCGAAGAUUUGGACUCCAUGCGUCGGCUGUGGGUACACGAAGUGAUGCGCGUUUAUGGCGAUCGUUUAGUGGAGGAUAGCGAUCGUAAUUGGUUAUUCGGCGCAAUUUGUGACAAAAUCAAUAAGCACAUGAAUAGCACACCUGAGAUGCUGUUCGAACGACUCGUGCCAAAGGGCGAAAUACUAACCGAAUCAGAUCUACGCAGAUUAAUCUAUUGUGAUUUUGCCAAUCCAAAAGCGGACAAUAAGAAUUACCUUGAGGUUUUAGAUCUUGAAAGUUUGCGUAAUGUAGUGGAAGCGUACUUGGUUGAGUAUAAUAAUAUGUCGAAAAAACCCAUGAACCUAGUACUCUUCCGCUUUGCAAUCGAACAUUUGUCGAGAAUAUGUCGCAUAAUAAAGCAGCCACGUAGUCAUGCUCUACUCAUCGGAGUCGGUGGCUCCGGACGUCAGAGCUUAACUCGUUUGGCUUCGCAUAUAUGUGACUAUGAACUCUUUCAAGUUGAAAUCACUCGUCUGUAUGGACCCAAUGAAUGGCAUGAGGACAUAAAAAAUAUACUACGCAGAGUCGGUGCAUCCGAGAUGCAUGCAGUAUUUUUGUUUACAGAUGUGCAGAUAAAAGACGAGUCUUUCUUGGAAGACGUGAAUAAUUUACUUAACUCUGGCGAAGUGCCCAAUUUGUUCAGCAAUGAGGAUAAGAUUGAAGUGGUUGAGAAAAUGGCACAGAUCGAUAAGCAACGUGACAAAUCCCUACAAACCGAUGGCAGCCCGGUAGCGCUCUUCAACUUUUUCGUUACGACCUGUCGCGAUCAACUGCACAUUGUGCUCGCCAUGUCACCGAUUGGCGAUGCUUUGCGCAUGCGUAUACGUAAAUUCCCUUCCAUUGUCAAUUGCUGCACUAUCGACUGGUUCCAGCCGUGGCCUGAAGACGCUUUGUUGGCUGUAUCGACACGAUUUUUAGCUAGCGAAGAUCUUUCAGAUUUGGAACGAAAGACAGCUAUUGAUAUGUGCAUGGAAUUCCACACUUCUACGCAGAAUUUAUCAGAAAUAUUUGCAUUGCGUCUGAAACGUUAUAAUUAUGUUACGCCUACUUCAUACCUGGAGCUAAUUCAGACUUUUAAAGCCUUACUCAAUCAGAAGAGAACCACCAUUUUGACCAACAAAAAUCGUUAUUUAACUGGCAUAUCUCAACUCGACAUCGCUGCUCAGCAAGUCGGUGUUAUGCAAGAAGAACUGCAGGCUUUGGAGCCUAAACUCAAGGAAGCCUCAGAAAUUGUGGCUGAGCAAGUGGCUAAAGUAACGGCCGAUAGUAAGAUCGCCGCCGAACAGCGCGAAUUGGUUAAGCAGGAUGAAUUGGUGGCUACCGAACAGGCAGGCAAAGCGCAAGCAAUCAAAGACGAAUGCGAUGCUAAGUUGAGCGAGGCGCUGCCUAUUUUAAAUGCAGCACUUGCUGCUCUCAACACUUUAACCACAACCGAUAUUGCCGUUGUCAAGACAAUGAAGAGUCCACCGAUUGGUGUGCGUAUUGUAAUGGAAGCUGUAUGUAUAUUGAAAGAUGUCAAACCAGACAAAGUGCCCAACCCGUCGGGUCUAGGCACUAUAGAAGACUACUGGGGCGCCUCGAAGCGUGUGCUGAGCGAUAUUAAAUUCUUGGAUAGUUUAAUAAAUUUCGACAAAGACAAUAUACCACCGCACGUCAUGCAGAAGCUGGCACAGCGUGUGCUAAGCAAUGAAGCUUUCGAUCCGGAUAAGGUGAAGUCGGCUUCUACCGCCUGUGAGGGUUUGUGUCGUUGGGUGAUUGCCUUAACCAAAUAUGAUGUAGUUGCUAAAGUGGUGGCGCCGAAAAAAAUCGCAUUAGCCGCCGCCGAGGCUGAGUAUAAUGCCGCCAUGAAGCUACUGAAUGAAAAGCUGGCGCAGUUGGCACGCGUGGAAGCGAAUUUGGCGGCUAUUCAAAAGAAAUUAGACGAAGAACUGGCACAAUAUGCCAUACUACAGGGACAACAUGAGGCGUGCACCAAGAAAUUACAACGCGCUCAAGAGUUGAUUUCUGGUUUGGGUGGCGAGCGCACGCGUUGGUUGGAAACGGCAAGGACCUUGGGUCGCGUAUAUAACUCAUUAACAGGCGACGUGCUGAUUGCAUCUGGUGUUGUUGCUUACCUGGGUCCCUUCACUAUUGACUAUCGCGUUGGUCAAAUUCACCAGUGGGUGCAAAAGGUUGCUUCGUAUGGUGUGGUGUGCAGCGCGGAUUUCUCGUUGGCCGUAGUUUUGGGCGAAGCAGUGGAAAUACGAGAAUGGAAUAUUUGCGGGUUGCCAACGGACGCGUUUUCAGUGGAGAGUGCGAUAAUACUGAAAAACUCGCGACGCUGGCCAUUAAUGAUUGAUCCACAAGGUCAAGCUAACAAGUGGGUUAAGAAUUUGGAGAAAAACAAUCGACUCUGUGUGAUACGACUGAACCAACCGGACUACACACGUGUGCUGGAAAAUGCAAUACAAUUCGGCUUGCCGGUUCUGCUAGAAAAUGUCGGUGAAGAACUAGAUCCGCUGCUAGAAUCAAUAUUACUAAAACAACUCUUCAAGCAAGGUGGCACAUUAUGCAUUAAACUGGGCGACUCGGUGAUAGAAUACAAUCAUGCAUUUAAAUUUUAUAUCUCCACAAAACUACGUAAUCCACAUUAUCUACCUGAAGUUGCAGUCAAAGUGACUGUUUUGAAUUUCAUGAUCACCACACAAGGUUUACAAGAUCAAUUGCUGGGCAUAACAGUAGCACGUGAGCGACCCGACUUGGAGGCGGAAAAGAAUACGUUAAUCGUGCAAGGAGCUGAAAACAAGCGUAUGUUGAAGGAAACUGAAGAUAAGAUUCUCGAAGUGCUUUCAUCAGCUGAGAACAUACUAGAGGAUGAAACUGCUGUGCAGAUUUUGAGCUCAUCUAAAGCAUUAGCCAAUGAUAUCAAUGAGAAACAAAUUGUCACCGAAGCCACCGAGCGGCAAAUUGAUGUAGCCCGUUUGAGUUAUGUGCCAAUUGCAGCACACUCGACUAUACUCUUUUUCACCAUUGUCGAAUUGGCAAACAUUGAUCCCAUGUAUCAGUACAGCCUUUCAUGGUUUGUUUCUCUGUUCACCGCUUCUAUUGACAAUACCGACAAAGUGGAUGAUAUUGAAGAGCGUUUGAAGGAUUUACGUGUACACUUUACAUACAGUUUGUAUGUCAAUAUAUGUCGCAGUCUGUUUGAGCGGGAUAAGCUACUUUUCUCAUUGAUUCUAAAUAUAAACCUUAUGAAAGCUGAAAAUUUAAUUGACAACCCAGAGUGGAUGUUCCUAUUAACCGGUGGCAUUGGCUUAGAUAAUCCACAUGCAAAUCCCGCCCGUUGGUUGGGCGUUAAUAGUUGGAAUGAGAUUUGUCGUCUCUCCGAACUGCCAAACUUUAAGGGAUUACGUGAACAUGUCACUGGCAAUUUAAAUGAUUGGAAGUUAUUUUUUGACUCGAAAACACCGCAAGACAAUGCAGCAAUGCCUACCACUUGGGCUAAUAAAUUGACACUGUUCCAAAAGUUAUUGCUUUUGCGUGUUUUUCGUUCGGAUAAAUUGGUGCCGGCUGUGAUGAAAUUUGUUGGCGAACAACUGGGACAAGAAUUCGUAGACCCUCCACAAUUCGAUUUGAUGGCAUCAUUUUCGGAUUCACACUGUUGUAUACCGCUCAUUUUUAUUCUAACUCCCGGCUCAGAUCCCACAGCGACACUUUUGAAAUUUGCCGACGAACAAGGUUUCGGUACAAAUCGUCUAUUUUCGCUCUCUCUCGGUCAGGGACAGGGACCGAUCGCCACAAAAAUGAUCGAUGAUGGCAUUAAGCUCGGUAAUUGGGUUGUAUUACAAAAUUGUCAUUUGGCUAAGAGUUUUAUGCCUACGCUGGAGAAGGUUUGCGAGAAUCUAGUACCUGACGCAACACAUCCCGACUUUCGUCUAUGGCUCACCUCUUACCCGGCUGAUCAUUUUCCAGUUGUGGUUCUGCAAAAUGGUAUUAAAAUGACAAAUGAGCCUCCCAAAGGUUUACGUUCCAAUAUAACGCGUUCGCUGUUGAGCGAUCCAAUCAGUGAUCCCGAAUGGUUUGAAUCGUGCAAACAGACACAGACCUUCAAACAAUUAAUAUAUUCAUUGUGCUUCUUCCAUGCGGUCAUACAAGAGCGACGCUACUUUGGUCCAAUCGGUUGGAAUAUUCCCUAUGAAUUUAAUGAGACCGAUUUACGCAUUAGCCUGAUGCAGUUGAAAAUGUUUCUGGAUCAAUAUGAGGGCGUAAACUACGAUGCGUUACGGUAUUUGACGGGUGAAUGUAAUUAUGGUGGACGUGUCACAGACGAUUGGGAUAGACGGACUUUGAAAACUAUUUUGAAUAUUUACUACAGUCCCGAAGUGUUGGAUUUGGAGAAUAAGCAUUACUUUGACGAUGAAAAGGUCUACCACAUACCAGUUUUUAAGGAGUUGGAAUUGUAUUUGGGCUAUACACGCGAGUUACCCAUACAAACGGCGCCGGGUAUAUUUGGGUUCCAUGCAAAUGCCGAUAUUAUGAAGGAUCAGCAUGAGACGGAUAUGCUGCUGAGUCAUACUUUGUUGACGCAGGAUACAAGUUCCUCGUCUGCAGGUGAUGAAGGCGAAGGCAAGAAAGCUUUAACGCCCGAAGAAGUGGUAACAAAUGUCGCUACCGACAUUUUGAAUAAACUGCCGAAAGACUUUGAUCGAGACGCUGCGAUUUCACGCUAUCCUACAAGCUACCACCAGAGUAUGAAUACUGUGUUGGUGCAGGAGAUGACACGUUUCAAUGUUUUACUUGGCACUAUUAGAUCCAGCUUGAUUACGUUGAGAAAGGGCAUAAAAGGUCUUGUUGUGAUGUCCGCCGCAAUGGAGGCUGUUUAUCGUAGUGUGUUGAUAAGCAAAAUUCCAGCGAUGUGGGCUGGUAAGUCGUAUCCGAGCUUAAAGCCACUGGGGAGCUACAUCAGCGAUUUUCUUCAACGUUUGGACUUUUUGCAGAGAUGGUUCGAUAAUGGCCCACCUACAACAUUUUGGCUUUCCGGCUUCUUCUUCACACAGGCUUUCCUAACCGGAGCUCAACAGAAUUUCGCUCGCAAGUAUAUUAUACCAAUUGAUUUAUUGGUUUUCGACUACGAAGUAUUGAGUAUGGAAGAGGAUGAAACCAAAGGAGUAGCUGCACCUGCAGAUGGUGUCUUCGUGUACGGUGUCUUCCUGGAAGGUGCAUGUUGGGAUCGUGCAGGGAAUUGGUUGGCCGAAUCGCGGCCACGUGAAUUAUUCGAUCGCAUGCCUUUGAUUUGGAUGAAGCCAGUGAAACGUAGUGAUCUCAAAGAGCGGCAUGUCUACGUCUGUCCACUUUACAAGACAGCAGAACGUCGAGGUGUGCUCUCUACAACCGGACAUAGUACUAAUUUCGUGGUGGCAAUGCUGUUGGAAUGUAAUCCCAAAACGAAUCCAUCACAUUGGAUCGAACGCGGUACAGCGUUGCUCUGUCAGCUGAGCUUUUAGGCACAGACUGUCACAUAAUAUUUAUUUUUACUGUUAUACAUACAUACAUAUACUAAAAUACUAGUAGAGCAAUCGCUCAAGCAAUAUACAUACAUAAAUUUCAUAUAUUUUGAAUCAAUUCUUUAUAAAAAGAUAUUAAAUCGAUUCAAUAG